AUGUCAACCAAUUUAAGGAAUUCGCGCUCCUUGCGCUUAACAAUCGCCCUAAUACUUCCAUUUGCGCUCAUUUGUUAUCUUUACUCGUGGAGACAAACACCCACCUUGGUCUCCAGUCCUAUACCGAAAUCUUCCGAGACAAUAAGCAGCACAGGGAGCUCAGCUUCAAUAGCAGUCCCUCCACCGCCACCUUCGACUAACGAUAAUCAUCCUACUACUUCUACUGCACUCAUUUACACGCUUCCAGAUAAGGUCUGGCAUUCCGCCAAAUUCGAUAAUCUAUCAGAAAAUCAACGGGAAUGGACCGGCAGCUGGACAAAGAAAAAUCCCUCUUUCCGACAAGAAUUAUUGACCGAUCGAUCCGCUGAAGCAUUCGUUCGCGCUCAUUAUUUCAAAACGCGACCGGAUAUCGUCGAAAUCUAUGAAGCCCUUCCAAUCCCGAUCCUACGUGCGGACCUGUUCCGCUACUUGGUUGUACUUGCCGAAGGCGGGAUUUGGGGCGAUUUAGAUACCUCGUGCGAGAAAGAUGUCGCCGAUUGGGUACCCGUGGAGUACCGAAAUAAGAAUAUCGAUAUGAUUGUCGGAUUGGAGUUCGACAUGGAAUGGCGAGGGCCGGGAACGGAAGUUGCCUCCCAAUUCUGCAAUUGGGUAUUUGUUGGACGGAAGUCUUCGCGCAAUCUUCAAAUUAUUGUUGACACUGUCAUCGAUAAAUUGAAAGGCAUUGCCAAAGCCAACGCCGUGGGCAUCGAAGGGAUUACCCUGGAAAUGCUUUCGGACGUGGUCGACGUGACAGGCCCGAAGAUUAUGACGGUCGCGAUCAUGAAAAGUCUCGAAAAAUUGCUCGGCAGGCCCGUCGAUGAUCGGGAUUAUGCACACACUAAGCGGCCCAAGCUGGUUGGUGAUGUUUUGAUCAUGCCGGGAGUCUCUUUCGCUGCUCUUCAGAACGGGAACCCGACGGACCAAGGCGAUGCUCUUGUGACGCAUCAUUACGAGGGCUCGUGGAAGAAGGAAGAUGCAGAAGCCAAGGAGCGGAAAAAGCAGAAGCAAGAACAAGAACAGCAGCAAGGGUGA